AUGGAGAACGCGCUGGCGCCAAGAGAUAGCGAAUAUGACGAGACCACGAUCUUGAGCCUUGUCACCGCGCUGUAUAAGGCGCUCAUCCAGAUCGGUGGUAUCGAAGAAUCGGACGUACUGUGGGCUCCCGCGGAAGGCCACGCGCUCGACUUUUCCUCACUGCAAGACGAUGCCAGAAUCGACAUGCGCGUAGUCUCUCUCAUGCAGAAGCUUCCAAUCAUGAGGAUGCACGAGCAGAAUCAGAUCCUGCCAUUGAUGUACGCCGUAGAUUAUCGCGACCCCGAUCACCUUGCGAUGAGCCGCGAUAUCGACAAGGCGGAAUAUUAUCAGCCACCAUAUCGGCUAAACAUGGCGAAUGCACGUCCAUCAGUCAUGGUGCUCUUUCGGGCAAGAGGUCGCGAUGACUGCACGCUACUUUUGGAUGUCGCCGAUAUCACUCAGCCAUUCCGACGCCUGCAUCACCUCCUGGUCGAAGACUACGGCUGGCCGAAUGCCUUCAAACGUGACGAGUGGAAGCGCGACGUCCCGAAUCUGGUGGAUGAAGCUCAGGAAGCCGAAAUGGCCCAUGGACUACGGGUGGCAGCAGAAUUGCGCAGACGGGCGGCCGAGGGCAAUGGUAGUGUGGUCAUUACAAAAGAGGACGCGUGGAUGGAUUUGUGA